AUGGGCCGUGGUCCCUCGCCUGCUAAACCUGCGGGGAUUCCGCAUUGGGGGAUCCUGGGAAUCCUGGGAAUCCUGGGAAUCCGGGGUGUGUGUGGUCGCUUGACGGCCCUGUCGCUUCGGCCAGCCUGCCUGCCACACCGGCCACGCUCGAGUCAAGGGGUGUGGAGAGACGGUGGGGAGAAAUCUGGGGAUGGUUCUGGUGGAGUGGAGGAGUUGGAGAAGGCCAAACGGCACUGCAGCCCGGGAGACUGGACCCCGGGAGAAGUGCUCACGAGAACGGGGACGCGCCACUCGGUUCAUGGGGUCCAACACCUGAUCGAACCAGGGCCGCCCAGUUGCGAGGGAAGCCGACGGACGGACCAGAGGCGUCCAGGGAGUUCUUCAGCCGGGAGAAGUUCGAGUCAAGUUGAGGCGACGCGAUACGCGAGCCGAUGCGAGCGAGGCCAGCGAUUGGAGGGAUCCGGCCGUAGACCGGGAACGGGCGUGGUGGUGUGGAGAUGGGGCCGGGAUGAAGGGGGAGAGCCUCCGACGACAGGACUACUACGUAAGAACCGAUGA